AUGGCCUUGCAAACAUUGCCGUCCUUCCAGGCCCUCAGCUCUCUGCCAGCACCUAAACAGCCGCUGGCUGAAGAUCUGGAUCCGCCACCGCUGCUCCCCGCCGCCACACCUCGAGGUGAAUUUCUGCCAGCAAGCCCCGUUCCAAGUGACCGGGACAGAGAAGACAAGCGUCAAUGGGCGUGUGCGGAUUCAGAGGGCCUAGGAGUGUCGGUGGAGCGCCGGUCCUUCUUCUCGGAGAGCUCUCCGGAAGCGAGAAUGAAGCCUCCAAAUCGCCUCCUGCACGAUCGUCACGCAGCUAAGAUGGAAAAGAUGCUGCAGGAGAUAUCAACCUUUUCAGGCAGGGUGAAGCUGAGACAGGAGAUUGCGUGGCGCCGCGUGUUUCCGGAUUUCAAGUGA